UUUUACGCAAAGUAACGAAAAGGUAUCAAACGAAUAUAACGAAUACGACUCAGCAUAUUUAUCGGGAAGCGAGACCUCGGGUGAAAGACUGAAAACUAAUGCUAAUGACACGAAUGAAAAUUAUGUUUAUUCAGUAAUGCCACUUUCAACGGAAAUGCAUUAUAAUCCGGAUAGUAGCGAUCAAGUACCAUAUAAUGAAGCCAAUACUAGUUACUAUAAUACAUAUAAUAGUAACCAGAUACAACAUAAUGAAGAUAAUACCAAUAAUAUGCGAACUCAAUUAACACAACCUUUCGAUACUAUCAAAAAGCUCGAAGAAGAAAAGGAAAACCUUCAAGAUGAAAUUCGUAACCUUAAUAAAGAUAAAUUAAUGUAUGAGAAAAGAAAUAAAGAUUUACAACUUGACUACGAUAAUUUACGAGAAAAACAUAAUGGGUUAACAAACAAAAACAAAGAUCCUAAAAUCAAAUUAGAAGAACUUGAUCAAUUGCAGCAAUCCUUAAAAU